AUGAUCGCGGGGCCGGACGAGCAUGUGGGGGGCUGGCCUCCCGCGCGCGUGAUUCACGUGCUGCGCGAGGAGGCGGGCGGGCGGAAGCUGAGCGGAGCGUACGCGUGCGUGGUGGUGGGGGGCACGUUCGACCGCCUGCACGACGGCCACCGCCUGCUGCUCCGGACAGCAGCGGCAGCAGCGCGGGAGCGAGUGGUGGUGGGGAUCACGGUGGGGCGCAUGCUGCACUCCAAAGAGCUGUGCGAGCUGAUUCAACCAUUCGAGCAGCGCCAGCAGGCUGUCACCCAGUUCCUCCAGGGGGAGAAGGCAGGCGUGAGGGUGGAGGCGGUGGCGAUCGACGACCCCUUCGGCCCCUCCAUCACCGACCCCAACAUGGACGCCAUCGCUGUCAGUGUUGAGACGGAGAAGGGAGCCCAUGCGGUGAAUGAGAGGCGCGCCGCCAAUGGGCUCAAGCCACUGGAUGUGGUGGUGGUGCAUCUGGUGGACGAGGGCGGCGGGCAUGCGGGCAUGGACGGCAAGAUCAGCUCCACGCAGCUCAGGCAACGCGACAAGCAGCGCCUCAACGCACACUGA